GGAGUUGGGAAGAGAAGUUAUUGAGAAUCAUGGCGGGGGGAAUGUCAUUCCAUUGCCACAGGAAUAAUCUGUUUUUAACCGGAUUGAAAGCGACAGUUUUGAUUUUCAUGUAUAAUCUUUCUGGGGUCAGCACAGAACGAGUUAUAGUUGAUCCACAUAUUACAGCAAUUUUGGGAAAAAAGAUCGAGCUGAUGUGUGUGGUUCACGUUCAAGAGGCACUGACGCAGAUUUCCUGGGAGAAAGUUCACAAUGGAAGUACACAAACACUUGCUGUUUUUAAUCCGACAUACGGAAUUUCUAUUCCUGAUGAAUAUCAGGAUAAACUUUCGUUCAAAACCCCAUCUGAGAAUGAUGCAACCCUAGUACUGGAAGAAGUGAGCUUUACUGAUGCUGGAGAGUACACAUGCAAGGUGGUAACCUUCCCUUAUGGCAACACACAAGCAUCGACCACUGUUACUGUAAUGGUUGAGCCCAAGAUAAGUGUGUCACGUGGCUCUGAUCCAUUGAUGGAUGGGGGAAAUGAGACGGUAGUCGCUGUGUGCACAGCUGAAAAUGGAAAACCUGCUGCAGAGAUCACCUGGGUGUCUGAGGUUUUUGGAGAACCUGUUCAAACCUUGAUUGACGAGCCUAAUGACUGUGUAACUGUUGAAAAUCGGUACAAUUGGAAACCAACCAGGUUUGCCCAAGGAAAGCAACUUACUUGCGUGAUUCGUCACCCGGCAUUAGAAUCGGAGAUACGGAUUCCAUUUACCCUGGAUGUCUUGCAUGCACCAGAAGUUGCAAUAACUGGUUAUGAUGAUAACUGGUUCGUUGGCAGGGAGAAUGUACAACUUAAAUGUAAUGCUGCUGCCAAUCCUGGGGCUACACAGUAUUCAUGGAGCAGGUUGAAUGGAGAGCUGCCGGCAGGUUUGCGAAUAGCAAACAACACCUUAAUAUUUGGUAGACCCUUGGAUCAUAAUGACUCCGGGACGUACCAAUGUGAAGUUACAAAUGAUAUUGGAAGUAGGACAAAUACAAGGAAUAUCUACAUACUAGAUCCUCCUCCUACUACUACCACCUUACCUACAACACCACUGCCUCACACGACUGCUGGCAUCACAAGUUUAGCAGCGACAAAAAGAGCACUGUUCACAUCACCAACACUGGAGUCAUUGCACGAGGGACCUUUAGGCACUAUAAUUGGCGGUGCUGUUGGCGGUGCCCUAUUUUUAAUACUGCUGAUCAUCCUUGUUGGAGUUUGCUACAUGAAAAAACGAAGGACAUUCCGUGGAGACUAUUACACCAAGCAGUACACAGGACCAUCUGACAUGCAGAAAGAAUCUCCGUUAGAUGUUCUGCAACCUCAUGAGCUUCAACAAUACAACGACCCCAACAAUGGCAGCCUUAAGCAAAAGACAAAUGAGGUGAUCUACCCAGAUUACUCCAAAGAUGUGAAAAAUAACGAAUGGGGCAAUGUGGAAAAUAUGAACAGAUGCACAGAAGGAGAUACGCUGCCAGUCGAUUAUUAUGAAGAUAGAGUGCCAGUUGGAACCAAAUAUGCUCAAGAUGACUAUUAUGAAGGAAAUGAUGGUGACUUUGUGUCUCACUUAGAUGGUUCAGUAAUUUCUCGAAGAGAAUGGUAUGUGUAGGAUAAUAGGAGAGAGACGAUACAAACUUCACAAAAAUGUCAGAUGUCUAGCUUCAUUGCCUUUAAAAAUAGGCCUACAUUAAAAAAAAAAAAAAAAAAAAAAGCAAGCUAAAUAUGCUUUUAAAUUUGUUGGAUAUACGUAUGUGGUAUAUGUGAAUUAGUUUCUGGAGCUUUACAAAAAAAAAAAGACAAGCAAUGACAUUGUAUUAGUAAUUGUAUUUAGCUUUAUUUGGGAAAGCUGCAUAAGGGUAGUGUUACCCUUCUUAAUCUCAAGUAUAGUAGAAGCUGGAGUAUAAAUUGCCUGCAUUUUAGCGCUUGUUUAUAUGCCAUAAGUUAUUCAGCUGAUGGCUGUGUUUGCGUGCCUGGCAUUUUAAAUCCACAUCUAUCGUUGUGUGGAAAGCAUUUUUUUUUUAUUUAUUUUGUUUUUUACAUUAGUUAGAGUUUCAGAUAUUUUUAUUAUUUUAUUUUCCUCCAUUUUACUGAAGUUUUUAAAAGUUCUGAUUUAACUAAGAGUUCAGAACUGAAAUUAGAAUUGCUCUUUCCUUUUAAUUUCCUCAUUCCAGAAAGUCACCUGCGUAAUAUUAUAGUACAGGGCAGCUGGAAGAAUUUGCGACGGGCCCAGCCCAGCUUGACUUACCAGGAUAAGGAUAUCCAAGACCAUGGUGGAUAAUUAGGAUUACACAGACAUAUCAGAUUUAGGUGAAACAGUUAAGACGGCUAUUGGUGGGUGGGAGUAAUUGAUCAACUUCUGACAAAUGUGAUAUAAAAGGUAAGAGAAGGAAAUAAAAAAUAAUAGUUGUUAACAUUUAUUCUGAAAUUUAGGACCAUCCCAUACUUUAUAUUGUGAAAAUUGAAUGCAAAAAUUGCUGUUAUUUAUUAUUUUUCACAACAAUCUUGGAAAAAGAUCAGAUGUUAAACUGUAGUAAAAUUGAUGUAAAUAUAAAGUAUUGCCGCAUAAGGAAAAAAAAAAAAGGUUUGUUUUAACACAGAAAACAAUGUAAAGAAAAGCUAGAUUUGAAAGUAUUUUCUUUACCGUUCGGUUCCUUAUGCCUGUGACUGUUUGUCAGAUAACUCUCUUACAUAUUUUGAGCAUCAUCAUAUUUCAUUGAUAUUCAUACUUAACUGUGCACUGAAAUCACAGAGUAUAGUGUCUGCGUAAAUGCAGAAAAAAUGUACUGCAUUAAUUUGAAGGUAACUUUGAAACACAUUAUGUUUGCCUGAUGGCAACACAGUACUGGUACUCCUGUAAAAGCAGAUUACUUUCAGAUACGGUGCAAUGAUAUUUUGCCACUGGAAUGAUUCUGGAGGUGGGCAGUGGUCAGUCCUCAUUUGAGAGCGGUCCAUUUGCAUGAUGUCUAGUUGUACAUUUAAAUUUAACCCAAUAAAAGACAUUGUUACAAA